AUGGUGGCAUGGUCCAUUUUCCCAUGCGAAGCUUGGAGAAUCUAUGUGAAUAGUCAAGUAUAAGAAGACUCUUGAAUCUCCUCCAAAUACCGUUUCUUCUCAUCAUCACUCUCAUCAAACAUCAACCACUCUUAUCUUCAAACAACUCUCACCACUACCACCAACACCACUCACCUCUUCAACUUACACACAAAAACCCACAACCGUCAACAUGAAGUUCACUGGUAUCCUCUCUGCUCUCGCUCUCACCUCCGCCGUCUCGGCCACCACUGUCUCCUACGACACUGGCUACGAUGACAAGUCUCGCCCCAUGACCGCCGUCUCUUGCUCUGAUGGCUCCAACGGUCUCAUCACCAAGUACGGCUGGAAGACCCAGGGCAACAUCCCCACCAAGUACAUCGGUGGUGUCAACAUCAUCGCUGGCUGGAACUCCCCCAACUGCGGUGGUUGCUACCGCCUCGAGUACAAGGGCCGCAAGAUCAACGUCCUUGCCAUCGACCACGCCGCCUCUGGCUUCAACAUUGGCCUCGAUGCCAUGAACGCCCUCACUGGUGGCCAGGCUACCGCGCUCGGCCGUGUCAACGCCCAGGUCUACCACGCUGACCCUUCUGCUUGUGGCCUCAAGAAGUAAACGGCUGCAACUCUACGACUUUUAUGAGAUGCAUUACGGACGGGAAUUUGGGUUAACGGAUACUUUUUUAUAAUUCUUCCUCUCCUUAGAACUUUGGGUUUAAUACUUGGCAAUGGCUGGCUGGCGUUUAGACUAUGAUUUACCACACACAUAAUCUAACUAGAUACUACACACACUUACAUAUGAAUGAACAUAGAGCUUAGUUGCUUAUACUCAAUAACCUGAACAAUCUGAAAAAGUGAAA